CUCGUCGCGCUCGUCGCUGGGCAUCACCGCAGUUGGACUGAACAGUGCUGUGGCGCAACCUGCUGGUGUCGCAGAGGAUGCGCACAACUCAACCGGGACAUCGCUCCGCAAACAGUUUCUGUUGAAAUCCUGAAACACUUUUUCCUGUUGCGCGUUCGCACACUCGCCUGACUUUGGUCAUGGCGACUCCGACCCCGUCUCUGGUGUCCGUUCAGUGGCUGGCGAAUGCAUUCAGGCAAAACCUCGUCGGUCCCAAACUUCGCAUUCUUGACGCUUCUUGGUUUUUACCCGUGAUGCGAAGAGACGCAAAGGCUGAAUUUGCGCAGCGGCACUUAGCGGGCGCGUGCUUCUUUGAUAUUGAAGAAUGCCGUGACAAGAGCUCAGCGUUUGAUCACAUGCUGCCAACCUCCAGCGCCUUUUCCACGUAUGUGGGGGAUCUGGGCAUCGGCGACGACGCGCACGUAGUGGUGUACGACGCCAGCGACUUCGGGUCGUUCACUGCGCCGCGCGUGUGGUGGAUGUUCCGAGUGUUUGGACACAGCGCGGUGUCGGUUCUGGACGGGGGCCUGAAGAACUGGCUGGAUGAGGGCUUUCCCGUGACCGCGGAGUUCUCCAGACCGGAGCGCGCAGACUUCCACGCAACUUUAAACCGGGCCUGUGUGAAGAGCUACGAAGACGUGCUGGACAACAUCCGAACCAGGCAGGCCCAGGUUGUGGACGUCCGGACCCCAGGCAGGUUCAGGGGGAUUGAGCCGGAGCCCAGAGAGGACAUUCUCCCAGGCCACUUCCUCGGAGCAACCAACAUACCGUUCACAGCAUUCCUGGAUGCCUCUGGGAAGGAGCUGGGAACCGAGGACCUGUCCGGACUGUUCAGAAGGGCUGGGAUAGACCUGGGGCGACCCCUCUGGGCCACCUGUGGUUCUGGUGUCACAGCAUGUCACGUGGUUCUGGCUGCUCACCUGCUCAGCCAGCCCGAGGUGUGCAUUUAUGAUGGCUCCUGGUACGAAUGGUUCCAAAGAGCACCUCCUGAGCUCAUCAUCACAGAGGGCGAGGGAAAAACAGUGUGAAGGAAGGAGCUCAGGGUCUAGACUGGAUAAACAGUGUGACUUUAAAGGCUGAAGGUAUGUAAAGUAUUUGAGAGUUCUUGUGUUGGAUGAAAAGAUCAGUAUCAGUCAGUAUCACUGUCCAAGUCAUGUGUUAACACAGAGGAGCUUUGAUUCAUGGGAAGAAAAGCACUUUUCUCUAAUGUGCUGUUCCUCUUUGCAUUGCAUAAAGCAAACUUUUAAGGCUCUUAAAAGGCUCCGGACAUAAGUAACUACUUGGUUUUCUUAAAAUGCUUUUGAGUGAAGUAAAGCAAAUGUCUGUGCUUAAUUCUGGUUGUUGCAAAGUAACAUGUAAAAAAUGAAUGAAAAAAAAUUUAAGCAAUUAAAAUAAUGUGUCUGCCUGACAAUGGCUCCAGAUUUUGGUGUGAUGACAUAAAAAUAUAUAACAAACUUUGAUGCUGGGGCAGAAGAAAUCUUAGCCAGUUCAUCCUGGUCCCUCUACUUUACGUUGAAGUUCUUGGUUAGAUGCCUAAAUAAAUGUAUCAGCGUACUUUACGAUAAAAAACGAUUGUUUUUACUAGUAUAUGAGUGACUAUAUACUAUAUAUUACACUUUACCGUUUAUAAUCAGUGUAGGCUGAUUGAAAAAAC